CCACAAUCUUUGAUUACACCCUUUGUUCCUUGCAACAUAAGUUGACUUAAUUUUUAUUUCCUUUGGACUCUGAUACACAUCACAGAUCGAUCAGCAGAACUAAACUAGCAAUCCAUUACACAUGGCUGCAAUGAACUCAAGUGUAUUAGCUUGUAGCUAUGCCAUAUCUGGUUCUGAGCUCAAUGCAAAGCUCAUUUCAGUGCCCUCUGCUGCAUCACCAGGGGUUUCAGGUAUCAAGCUACCAUUGAUCAAGGCUCAGCAGGUGAGAAUUCCUGAAGCCAAAGAAUCAAGAGCAAGUGAUGGAAGAAGAAAUGCUCUUGCUUUAUUGGCAGCUACACUUUUCACCACUGCUGUUUCAGCCUCCAAUUCUUCUGCUAAUGCUGGCGUUAUUGAAGAAUACCUUGAAAAAAGCAAGGCCAAUAAGGAAUUGAAUGACAAGAAGAGGUUAGCCACUAGUGGAGCAAAUUUUGCAAGAGCAUAUACAGUGCAAUUUGGUACUUGCAAGUUCCCUGAGAAUUUCACCGGUUGCCAAGAUCUUGCUAAACAGAAGAAAGUACCAUUCAUUACAGAAGAUUUGGAACUUGAAUGUGAAGGAAAGGACAAAUACAAGUGUGGUUCUAAUGUUUUCUGGAAAUGGUGAAAAUUGACAACAUUUUAUUUUCCUAGUGUUGUUCUCUUUGAAAUGUAUCGAACUUCUCCUUGAUAAUAUACCAUAUUUUUCUGCA